AUGAGGGUCCCUCGAGGGUAUCGUGAAGACACAGAUGAAGAAGACAAGCCUAGGGGCGCUCCGGAGCCAAGCUAUCCGUUACAGGCGUCGAACAGCAACAGAUCGUCCAGCCACGAGGAUGACAGCUCGCAAACCAGUGUUACCAAUGGCGAAAAUGGCAGUAAUAAUAGCAACCGCAAGCCCAUUGGGCCCAGGCAACUUACACAAGAAGAGACUAUUGAACUCACCCGUCGCGCGGUCGAGAACGGCUUGCUGGAAACAAAACGGUCGCUGGCUGGAAGUGAGCCGGUCAGUGAUGUGGUGCGGCCAAAACUGACAAUCGACUUGGGUCAUUCCAACAUCGUCCGGAUUCCAGAGGCAGUGGUCGACAUCAUUAAGGAUGAAGUGGAGAGGCUUUCCCUCUCGAACAAUCAAAUAUUUCAUAUCCCCUACCGCUUUGCCGAAUGCUCCCAUCUGCGCUACCUGAAUAUCAGAGCAAACAAUUUCCGUGAAUUUCCAAAAGGGGUGUACAAAUUGCCACUACUGGAGAUUUUGGAUCUAAGUCGCAACAAGAUCAGCAAAAUUCCCGAAGAGAUCCGGAAACUUAAAUCACUGCGGGUAUUUUCAAUUAUGCAAAAUAGGCUGGAUGACCUUCCGGUUGGACUGUCGGAGAUGAACAAGCUGCAGAUUCUGAAGGUCUCCGGGAACUCUCUGAAAUAUCCUCUACGUCGGGUACUUGAACUCAAGGAGGCGGAAGUAGCCACCUCAUCCAUGACGGAUAAUGAAAAGGAAGUAGCCGUCACUGCGGAGCUCAAGAGAUAUCUGAAAAGCAGGCAACCAAUUCCAGCCCCAGAUCCUGAAAGUGGUAGCGAGGCAAGUGAAACUAUGAUCGAUACACCAAAGCCUGUCAAACGAGGAGCGAGCAGCCGGUUUCCAGUCAUACCUAGCACUGGUGAUGGUUCCGGGGAUCCACGAUCCCCGUCGCUGUCAAGACCUCCGCCAAUCCCUCUGAGAUCCCACUACCGAAUCGCCUCUGGCCAGAGUACCAUCUUUUCGAGCAGCGGCGUUCAGCGACCUGGCGCCAGCCCUCUUAUUGGAGUGAACGAGCGUAACCGAAGUAACAGUGAAGGUAUCAUUCAGUCUUCUAUUACCGCUCGCAAUAGGCGGUUAGGCAUGCUUAACAGAAAGAACCCAGAUCUGGUUACUCUGGACGAGAUGCGCCCGUAUCGUAACAGUCAUCUGCGCGGUCUCAGUUAUGGCUCGAUCUUGAGGACUCGCCCAUCGAAUUUGUCGAGUGGCGGCAGCAACUCCUCCAGUCCAAGCAGUCCGCGCGAAAGAAAGCGAAUGAGAGAAGGCUUUGUCCGUCGAAUGUCCAGUUUGCCGGAGCAGAAGAAUGAGGAAGGGCCUACAGAGCCGAUCAUCGAGGGCGCUAAGGGGAUCCUAUAUGCUCUCUUCCAGAUGCAACCUCACAUUUCUGCUUUGAUAAAUGUCAUCAAAGGCGAUGGGUCGCGCCGCAAUAGUCUUGAGAUCGUCUUCUACAAUGCUUCCACCCACGUGGAUCAGCUCAACGAAGCCCUGGAGAAUGCUGAGAACAUCGAUUCUGAAGAUCCAGAGUUUAUCAGGAUGGCGCUUGACUCUGUCAAGCGUGAAUGCGAAACUUGUACGAUGGCCUAUACUCAUGUCAGCACUCAGUUGCGGAACAAUAUAAGCAGAAUCGUUGCUCAUGGCGAUUCACGCUAUGUGCGCUCCCUAAUGCUCACGAUCUAUGGCAGUCUGGUUGAGUUCCGGAACGCCGCCAUCAACCUUGGUGUCCUUCAAACACAGAAGCAAAUCCGCACUAUGGGUGAUAAACGGCCAACACAGGAGGCUGCACAGGAAGGACUCACGUCCGAGCAUUUUAUUGGCCCGACGGUCACUCCCACGCGGGAUCGACCUCAGCCUGUUCGGCGGCUUCGAAGUGAUACCACGAUCCAGCAUUCCCCCGCUCCCUCUGGAGGAUCGUUCCCGCCUACUCCGAGCUAUCAGGGCCCCGCUACCUCUCCAGGCUUUCCUCCCAAUUCUGCUAUACUGAGCUACGGCGGGCGUAGUCGAUCCGGAAGUAGAUCGAACACUUUGGUAAAUACUUCGGUUCCUUUGUCCUUGGCCACACCGCGUUCCGCAGAAUCCUUCGGAUCGCUUUCCACAUCGACUGUCGGCCGGAUCAACCCGGUAACGGGAUUAGACGAAAUGGAGGAAGAGAGGAUAUUCGAGAAAAUUUUCUAUCAACUGACAUCCGCCUAUACUGCAGCUCUUCAGGCGCUUCCUCUUGCUCGUCGUCAGUUCAGCCGAUGUCUGGAAAUUGCGGAGCAAUCACGAGAGUCCGAAGAUCUUCGGUUGAUCUGGACUAACUUGAUACGCCGCUGCCGGGCUUGCUUGGAAGUCUCUGAAGCCCUCGGCCUGCGCCUGUCGAAUAUGAAGGUGAAGGAACCCGGUGGUGGCAUGCGCAAUCAACGCGAGUUCUGGCAAUUAUGCAAGGCGUUCAUGCAGUCAUUCGUCGACCUCGUGACUGAUAUGCGGGACCUGAGAAGCAUGCAACUCUUGCCACCUGAUAUCAUCAUCACUCUACGCCCCGUUCAAAAGGCAAGCAGGGAAGCUGGAAGACUCAUUGAGGCUUCCCCGUGGUCUUUCCUUGCCGAUAUGAAUUCGACGAACCCCCCUGCAAUAUACGGUCCACCUCUUCAGACGCAGCAGGCGCAGCAUCAGCAAUCAGCAUCUGCGUCACAAGUACAUCUAAAUUCUGGUCUGUCGCCUCAGUCCGUCCCUCUACCAGCCACGCCAUUGAGUGCUGCCCUCGGUCCUGCUGCGCAGGCAACCGUGCCAUCUACUCCAGCAGGCACAUACAGUGACAGAGUUUUCGUAGGCGACGUGUUUCAGAGAGCGGAUACCUUACUUUCGAUGCCAAUCCAAGCGCCCUUUUUCAGUCGGCGAUGA